UGGGAAAGAAAAACCUGCCGCCAUUAGGGGUGGCAAGUGGUAUGAGUCUUAUAUUCUGUUCAGUAUGAUUUAUAAAACUGAUCACUUUCGGGGGUAGGUUGCAGAGAAACGUUGCUUAUUCUGUUUAAACAGGUUGAAGGUAUCCGUCCAGCGGGGUUACCCGACCUGGGCAUGGUUACCAGGAAGUGACGGAGCGACACUGGAAACCGUUGUUGAGGAAACGCAAAAUGGCGAGAGACAACCUUGCAGUGUGAACCUCGUCAAACAGUAUUGACAGGCAAUUUUACCAUGAGCAGCAGAGCUCUGCCUGGAUUUUGUCUACUUAUAGCAUCCUGCCUGCCUCAGAUCAGCGGACACAGCACAGAUCAAAUCCGGACCUUUCUGGUCUGCCUGACACCAUACCAGAUUAAAUGGUGUGUUUUCAAAUUGAGCAGUUCCUGGAGCAUAUUUGCAAGUUUUUAAUGACUUUUGUCAUCUUUUGCAGGAAAACCUCCUCCAGUUCUCUCCUUGACUUCACUGGAAGUUCUGCUAUUCCUGAACAGCUGGUACUAUGCUGCAUACUUUGUGGCAGAGAUCCUUCUUUUCAUAUACAAAACAUUCUGAGUUUACUGAAAGAAGCCUGGUUACAGUCUCUCUCAUUCUGGGUCGAACAGUAGCAAAGAUAAGUAACUGGCCAUUUUGGUCUGCUCUUGCCAUAUACCUCCGCAAAUCUGGCUUUAGAUCUAGUGAUGCUCUUUCUGUACCUUGGAGUUGAAGUAACAAGAAUAUUUUUUGGUUCCAAGGGGAAUCUGUCCCAGCGUAAGGUGCCUCUCACUAUUAGCCUGGUGCUGCUUGGACCAUCUACAAUAAUGGCUAUUUAUUAUAUGCUACUCCAGACCUACGUUCUGAAGCUGGAAGUGACGAUCAAUGCAAUACUAUUAGUGUUUUACAUCUUUGAGCUGGUUCUGUACACUGUGGGUUUGAUAAGCUUUUCAAGUGCAAUCAUCAGUGGCUGAGAAUCUGAAGAGGGGGAAUGUGCCCUGUAACUGAUGAAAUGUCUCUCUACACUGGCCGCAAAAUAAUUGUAAUACAUUUUAUGCUGUUUUUGUACAUGGUCAUCUUAAGGAUAAUUUGCCAAUAUUUUGUACAGUUAUAUCGUCACUGGAUUGUGGGUCUUUUCUUUUUGCUCAAUUUAUUUCAUAUGUUGUAUUCCCUUUCUUUUGCUCUCUUGUGCCUAACAUCAGCUGUGCAAAGGUGGUUUAGAUGUCAAAUGUACCCUUGAGUCAGGCCUAUUGGGUGUAUGAGGGCAGCCUGGAGCCAGCCUUCAUUCUUGUUCCCCCUUCCUUGUACAGUAAUAUAUUUACUGAAAUGACACUGCACCCACCCUCAUUUGCUCUCUUUUCUUUCAUGUCUUAAGGCAUCGACUCAUGCAGGGCUUAUGACCAAAUAUCUACACUUCAUUUGUAAACCUAGAACAUGAGUGUCAAUAAGUACAAAUGGAGUGUCAGCUGUGGAAAGCAUCAAAGCCAAGUUCUGAUUUCAUCCACAGGCAAAUCUAUACACAUGCACACUUCCUUGAGUGCCAAAAGAUGGUAAUCAAGAAUAAUCCGCUUGAUUCCUCCUUACUAUUCUGAGGACAUUGGCGUCAACUGAAAGGCCCUACAAAAUAUCUUGAUCAAGUACGAUCUGGAAGUUAGAAAAUGUAUUGAGUAUGAACACAAAAAAGACAAAAAAAAAAAAUGUAGUUAGAAGGAAUGCAUUAAAAGAAACUAGUGAAGAUUGAAAUGGAUGGCGUCACAUUGGAACAAGUAGAAAAGUAUGUAUAUUUAAGACAAAUUAUAACAGAAGAUGACAGAUGUGUUGCAGAAGUUAAGAGAAGGAUAGAGAUAACCAGGAGUAAUUUUGUGAAGGUGAAGGGUGUGUUAACUCAAGCUUGUAACAAGGAAAAAAAACCUAUAUUCUAUCCACUUUCCUGUAUGCCUCAGAAACCUGGAUAAUUAAAGAUUUUGGAAGAAAAUAGAAGCCUUUGAAAUGUGGAUGCUAAGACCUAUGCUAGAAAUUCCACAUCAGACCAUAAGAUAAAUGAGCUAACAAGUGACAUCUUGAAAAUAAAAUUUCAGUUUUCAGCCAUUUGAUCAGUACUGAAAAGUUAGAGAUGUCUCCUACAGGAUGAAGUGGAGGGCAGUGGAAAAUAGAUUCAACCUAGGUGUAGUUGGAUGACUGAUAUCAGAGCGGUUGCAGACAAGCUACAGUGGAUGUGUGAGGAUGGCGCAAGACAGAUGAGUGUGACAUACCAUGACAGCAGAUCUCCUGCCAGGAGUAGCUACUGUAUGUAUUUUGGUAAAAUGUAUGUUACCCACAACUGUUAGGGAUUCCAUCUAAUACAUUUUAUUUAAUACACUAGUGGGUCUUACCAUUGCUUAUGGUAAAUCUGAGUAUAUAAUGUUUGAGUAUUAUAUCAGGGAACGCACAAUGUAAUAUAGUGCUACAGGGAAAUGUGUGUAACUUGGUAUUGCUCUUGAGACUUCCUUGAGUGGCCAAAUACCAAGUGACUUUCUACACUUCUUUGUGCCUCUGUUGCUUUCUGAAUUAAUUGAACAUGUCUCCUGCCUCUGGAUGAUCUGGGUUCUUGAUCUAGUUCAAGUUGAAGUCUGCUGUUCUUGCAAAAUGCUGCUUUCAUUUACUGGAUUGGCUGUGUCAGCCCCACACAGGUUUAGUUCUGUGUUCCAGUUUCACUAGUAACUGUAUGGGCUAACAAUCUUUUAACAUUUAAAUCUUUGACCAACAGUGCUUUGCACUGCAAUGACACUAAAACUCCAAUCUCUUUUACACCUGUCCAAAUAGAUAGUUGAGCCACACUUAUAGGUGGUAGUUUCCUUUCCAAAAUAUGAAUGUGGGUACUUAGAAACUGAUCAUAGAAACUUUGAAACUGGAGUAGACCACUUAGUCCCACAAGCCUGUUUUGCCAUUUAGUAAGAUCCUGCUUGAUAUGCAACCUAACUGCAUUUACUUGCCUUUGCCUCAUAUGUCUUAAUGCCUUUGGCUAACAAAAGUCUAUCAAUCUCAGUUUUAAAACUAUCAGUUGAUCUAGGAUAUGGGUGUACCAACAUGAGACUCGCAGAAGUCAUGAUAAUCAAUUAUUUUAUGAUAAAAUAAUCCUUACUUUCCAACAGAAAUACUUGUGAAAACACUUGAGUUAUGUUACUGGCCCAAGUUCCUUCUGCCAUCCAUGGUGGUUUGCUAAUAAUAAAAUGCUUUUAAUCAGUUAUUGUACUCUUUCUUAAAAUUUGGGUUAAGGAUGGACUUGAUUAAAUUAUUUAGGUAAAAGUCAUGGGCUAUAUCAACUGAACUCCCAUUCACUGCUGUUUGAGGCUCACUCUGUCAACUUGAGCACAGUUUUUCUCCUUCCUCUUUUUGCCUGUGUUGAUCAUUUUAAUCAUUAUCAAAUCCUCCUUGUAUCUGUGCCAUUAAUUUUCACCUUCUUUGUCAGCCUAUGUAUUUCAACUUUAUUUCACCAUUAGCUUACUUCCACUAAUGCAACAGUUCUAACUCAGUCAACAUCGUUCUGAACUUCUGUGCUCCUAGUGACUUCUAUUUGCUUAUGAUACCUUUACUGUAAGACUUAUAUAGCCUGUUUGGCCCUGUGGAUGAUAUUUAUCCCAUUUUAGCUGCCGUCAGUUGAUAGGGUUUGGGUUACUCUCAGGAAUUUAACUUGUGUUCACAGCAAGCAGCAAUAAGAACAAGUGUACUAUGCAUUGAAUCAGCACCUUUAUGGCAGAGUUAGUGGGUCUACAAGAAUUACUGUCCUAAUUGUGAUAUCAGCUGAAAUGCAAUAAGUACUACAGAUACAGAUUUGUCCUUUUUUAUGUGAACAGAACUUCUUGUCACAGGCACGUGGUGUGGUUAUAUAGAGAAUCACUUAGGCACAUUCUAAGAUCAUUGGAUUUUUUUGUGGCUGGGAAAUUUUUUUGAAACCAUAAAAUUACUUUUUUAUAUAUCUUUAAAGAGUCUGAUAGAAAUUUGUAUGUAUGACUAGAAACACCUUUGUAUAGUUUACUUGUAUGUAAUAUAUAUCUUCCUAACUCUGCUAACUUGCUUAAUUACAGAAACAUCCUCAUUGUAUUUGUGGAAAGGAGUGUAAUGUUAUACCUAUUAGCAGAUUAUCUUGAAUCUUUAACUUUUGCCAUUUAUAUAUUUAUUAUAUUUAUAUCAGUUUUUUUUUAAACUGUCCUCAUUUAAAGCACUUUCUUAGCAAAAUUAAAGCUUAUUUUUUA